AUGCGCUACGCACAGCUUGUUGUUGGACCCGCAGGGUCAGGCAAGUCGACGUACUGCAGCACCAUCUACUCCCACUGCCAGAACAUCAAGCGACCAUGCCACGUGGUCAACCUCGACCCAGCUGCUGAACACUUUGAUUAUGAUGUGGCGGUGGACGUGCGUGAGCUCAUCUCCGUAGACGACGCAGCAGAGUACAUGAACUUGGGCCCGAACGGCGCUCUCAUCUUCUGCAUGGAGUACAUCCUCAAGAACUUGGAAGACUUUGGGGAGAAGCUGGGCGACUUUGAGGACGACUAUCUGCUCAUCGAUUGCCCUGGGCAGAUUGAGCUGUACACGCACAUGCCGCUCAUGACGCGCCUCACGAACCAUCUCCAGACACUCGGCUUUCGCCUUGUUGUCGUCUACCUCCUCGACUCGCAGUUCAUGUGCGAUCCGGCCAAGUUCUUCAGCGGCGCCAUCGCCGCCCUCUCCGCAAUGCUCCAACUCGAGCUGCCACACGUGAACGUGAUGAGCAAGAUGGAUCUUGUUCCAAAGGAAGUGCGGCCGCUGAUCGAGAGCUACAUGAACGCAGAUACGCAUGUAUUGUUGGAUGAGCUGAACAGAACCGCUGACGACAAGCGAAGGCGGUUGAAUCUUCGCUUGGCCGAGCUGAUUGAAGAGUUUGGUCUGUUGCAGUUCUACCCGCUUGACAAGGAUGACGAGGAGAUGAUCACGGAUCUUGUGCUCCAUGUGGACAUGUGCCUGCAAUAUGGCGAGCACGAGGAGCCGCGCGAUGUCGAUCGCAUGGAUAUGGCUGACAUGCACUGGUGGCGAGAACGAGGGGUGAGCGACGAAGACGAAGAUGUGGAGUUGCUAAGCGCGGCUCGCGUGCUGACCCAGCGACGCACUUGGUUUGGCUUUGGCCAGACACAAGAGUAUGACACCAGCCCACCCAAGCCUUGGUACCAACGCCAUGCUCGGGAUGACACGGACGAGUUUGACCGUUUCUCCACAGAAGAACGCAAGGAGCGCAUUGCUCUGCGUCGGGAGAUGAUGGACCUGCAGGAGGACGGUGCUGACAGCACCAACUUGGAGGCGUACGCAGCAAAGGUUGCCGACCUCUGCAUCAAGUACAACGACAGGUUGGGUGCUGCGGCGUUGGUUGACAACAGCGACUUUGUGCAGUUGCCCGAGGUGAACAAGGCUGCCCUUGAGGAGUUCCUGGAGAAGACCAAGUUCGACUAA